CAGUGAUAGACGAAAGUCCCCGGAUAUUGAUCUCCAUUGCUCUGGCGAUAGCAGAUCAUAUAAUGUAAAAGGUCAUCUAAGCAACAAUGCAGAACAUACAGCAGAAGCUUGGUUCUGCAUUUGGUAAGAGGACUGAUAUUGACAGCCAGUUGAAGUCAAAUUCUGCAUCAUAUUUGUUGCAUAAUAUUGACUAUGUUCCAUCCAGUCGUGAGCAGUCUUCAAUAAAUGACCUUCUCAAAGGAAAAUAUGUGAACCUGGCUCCAUCAAACGCAGCACCUGUGAAGAAACCACUCCAUUCAAACACUACCCCCCAUGACGAUGGAGAGGGUUUACCUCAACCCAAGGUGAUUCUAUUUCCACUGGAGAAGCUGGAUUUCUCCUGGCACCAGCAGCGAGCUGGUUGUGGCUUCCAGAACUGUGGCAACACCUGCUUCCUCAAUGCCACCAUGCAGUGCCUUGUUCACUGCCCACCUCUCACUAACUACAUGAUGAGUGGGGAACACCAGGCAACAUGCCGUGCAGUAAACCAGGACCGUUGUAUCCUAUGUAACCUGCAGUUCCUGACUAAGCGAGGUGUCCAUGGAGUGGCUGACAGCAUCACGCCUAAAUGGUUCGUCAACAACCUACAAUACAUUGGGCGUCACUUCCGUAUUGGUCGCCAGGAAGAUGCCCAUGAGUUCCUCAGACUAAGCCUUGAGAAAAUGAUGAAGUGUGCUGUCGGCGGCUACCAUGAAAAGCUGGACAAGUACAGCAAGGACACAACUGUGAUCCACCAGAUUUAUGCUGGCUACCUGAGGUCACAAGUUGUGUGUUCGAGGUGUGAGUACAAAUCCAACACAUACGAUCCUCUGUUGGACAUCUCUCUUGACAUCAAAAAUGCUGACAACCUGGAGAGAGCCUUCCAUCAGUUUGUGGCGCCUGAUAAACUUGACAUGGAAAAUGCUUACAAGUGUGACAAAUGCAAGCAGAAAGUAAUGGCUACUAAGAGGUUCACAAUCCACAAGGCCCCAAAUGUGCUUACCAUCCAGUUGAAGAGGUUCCAGUACGCAGUUGGAGGCGGGGGAUUCUAUGGGAGUGGAAUUGGCGGCAAGAUCAACAAGAUGGUCAAAUACCCGCCAAAAUUCAAUCUACGACCAUACAUGUCCAACAAAGUGGGUCCCCCAGAAACCUACAGCCUGCUGGCUACCAUCCAACAUGAAGGCUACUCCUCUCAAUCUGGCCACUAUGUGUCCAACGUCCGUGUCGGCAGGGAUUGGUACCACUACAAUGACUCAACAAAGCGGCUUACAAGUCUCCAGCGUUGCCUGAAUGAGCCCAGUGCCUACAUCCUGUUCUACAUGAAAGACAGCGCUGUACUGGCUUCCCGAAGCUCACAGAACCUAACAAAGGUUGUGAGACAGCCCAGUAUGACCAGUGUGAUAGGCUCUGGAAGCAAUGGUCAAAAGAUUAUUGGACCAGUCAAGCCUCAGAUCAUUAAGACCCCUGACAAACCUGGCUUCAAGCCAGCUACUUUUCCCAGUACUGACAUAGGAAAGCCAGUAAAGUCUCCGCUAGCACCUCUGUCUUCAAACCGGGAGAAAAUCAGGAUCAGUCUCGGUGUAAAGCCGCUAAACAAAACCCCUGAGCAGGCCAAACCAACAGUAAAAUCAGGCCAGACAACCCCUUCCAACCCCCGUCUCACACCUGCGGCCACUCCCACAAAGAGUGGUGAUAAGCCAAAUGCUCCUCCCACUCCAAAACUUGUUAUGAAAAUACAGAAUGGCAAAGCUAUAACUAUUGAAACAUCGCCUAAUGGAGUAAGAAGGAUUCUCUCUGACGAUGAUGAAGUUGUGUCAAAGAUGAAUGAGAAAAAACAAAGAAAACACAAGAAGAGAUCAAGCCUGGUGCCAUAUGGGGAUGACUCCACCUCUGAUAGUGAUUGCUCUAAGGGCACCUCGUCUCAUGUGAAUGGAAUUGCCAGGAAAAGGAGGCUUGACAGUACAGAGGACAAGAGUCUGCCUACUUCACCAAAGUUGAAGUUUGUGGAGAAUCAGAAUGGAGCCCAUCCUUUACAUGAGCACAACUAUGGUAUCAAGGAUAAGAAUGGAAUCUUGUUUGACAAAUCACUCAACACAACCACCUCUGUGCCUGGCAAUGCUCACCUGAUGGAAACCAUCACUAUGAAAGACCGGCUCAGCCAUGCUCACCCAGAUAGAAGUAGGGAUUUGAAGAACACUUCACAAAAAAAUAGCACUCCUGUUAGGAAGAAUCUCGCAGAGAGCCUUUCUUGCAACACAACUGCCAACGCUGCCAAGCAUGCAGGCGCUACCGAGUGGACCACUGUAAUUGAAUCAGUGAAAAGCCCAGUUGGAUCCUCUCACAGCAAUUGUAGUGUACAGAGCGGUCACUCGACCAGCGAAUGGUCUGUUACUAAGAACAAGCUCUUGCACAAUGGACACAGCAACGAUGGUUGGACAGUCACUCCUAAUAAGGAUGAUGCUGUAAAGACAUCAGGCUCCCAAACUUGUGUCAGUGGAGAUGUGAAGAAGGCUAAAUAUGACUAUGCUACCACUGAUAGUUAUUCGAGCCCUUUUCUGAUUGACAAUGGCACAUCUUGCCUGCUUAAUGCAGAGCAAGAGAAAGAUAAAACCUCUGAGGAGAACAGACUGUACAAAAAAGCCAAAAAGCAUAAGAAGCAUAAAAAGCACAAGCAUGAAGACAGAGAUAGGCAGCACAAGUAUUCAGAGCUUGAUGAAAGCCCAACUAACUCGCACAAAAAGAAAAAGAAGAAAAAGAAGCACAAGCAUCGUGCUGAAGAUAGAGAUGAUGAUACUUCAAUUCACAUAUCACAGGAGGUCAGUCCGGAGAGAAGGGAAGUGGAGAAACAUCAACAGAGAGACGAGGCUGGAGAGCCUAACAGAGAGGAGGAGCUUGAGAGGACCCAUAGGCAGAAGGGGGAGAAAGGCCAAAAGCGACGGAUGGACGAUGAGGAAGACAGCCCUGCCAAGAGGAGUAGACAGGACUCUGAGUCUUCCCCAGAGUAUGAGUGGGUUGAGAAGUCAGUGCCAGUCAGGAGGCUUUCACAGUCUGUCCCAGGUUCUCCCCCACCUAGCCAGAAGUGGGACCAUCAUGUGAAGGAUGGGUAUAAGCGGCCUGCUCUGUCUGGCUCCUCCACUCCCCUCAAGUCACAUUGGGAUGGCCUGAAACACUCCAAGGUCGUCAGCCAGCUAGAAGACAUUGCUAAAUAUGGAUACGGCGCCCCUGUAUCUGGCUGGGAUGGUGGUCGCUCACACAUGGACAUGGAGAAAAACCGGUCCAGCACAUGGAGACAGGACUCAGAUGAUGAAUAUGACGAGGAGUUUGACCAGGGUCGCGUAAAGAAGGUGAAACACAAGGGCCAUGGAGACCACAGACAGAACGGCAACAUCUUCCAAAAUGAGCAGGACAAGAGGAAUAGGUUCAAAACAAAUUGGUCAACAAUGAAGGUCGGUGACAACAAUCGCUUCUUUCCCCAAAACAACGGCCACUCUACCUCCAACACACACCUGCACUACUGAACAUCAGUCAGCAGAGACAACUCUACAACUCAACCAACACACACCUCCACUACUGAACAUCAGUCAGCAGGGACAACUCUACAACUCAACUCCUUGUCACUUAUUCAUAUGUGAUUAUGACAUGAAUAACAGUUAUGAACACUCAGUGAAAGAUUGGAGAAAGUGUUGAUUGAUUGUGAUGGGACUACAAUCAUUUAAUCAUGUUUUAAGUGUUAGUUAUAUAUGCAAAAUUAUCAUUUUUGGAAGUUCUUGAUAUGUUGCUGAAGUCGUUGAUUUGUCUUGCAAAUUAAGUUCAGGUUAUUUAUAUGUAUGUUAUUGUCAUAAAUCAUGUUAAAUACUAUGUUGCAAUACUGUUGUGUAUAUAAAGAUUGUGAAUGUUGAUCAUUGUUUUCUACAGAUGUAUAGUAUUCGUUUAAGAGUAUUUGGAAUAAAAAAAUUAUUUACCAUAAUUUGUUGAAUAUUACUUUGGAUUGAUAGAAGUAAAAAUGCAUUGAGAUGUCAGUAUCUUCUUCUUUUUCUCCUUUAAUUUGCUAUCUGUUAUUUAUAAGUGAUGUUUAUCUUAAAGAUUUGAAGGAAAUAUUUAUUCAAAUAUAUAAUAAGCAGUUUCUUUGUAUGGAGUAAGUUAUAUGUAAACAUGUGUAAUGACUUUACUGCAGGACCAUUUUCAGUAUAACACAGUCUCUCAGACAGGUUAGAAAUUAACAUUAUGUAUAGUGCUUCAUGUAAAGGUACCAACAUUUUUUGAUGAAAGAGUGUGAAUUUGUAAAAUAUUUUGCCAGUAAAAAUGGCACGUCAUAGUUUCAUUUAUAUUGAUUUAUUUGUUUUUGAGAGGUAUUAUUUGUAUAUUUAUGAGAGUACAAAUUAAAAGCAAAAUAUUUUAAUAUGUUUGUUGGCCUAGAUUCCCUUGUGGCAUCUUCUAGUUUAGAGCUUGAUUAUAAGAAACAUCUGAAGAGCUCUACUACUAGCAUCAGCGUCUCAUCUUGGUUAAGGUUUUUAUGAAAGCAACUUUCAAGUUAUUAUCU